AUGGCCGCAACACCUGCGGGACUGCCCAAGGCAGUCGCUAUCCCCACGAGAAUCCUUCUUAGGACGUCACGGCCAUCCGCCGGCAACUGUCCCAGUUUCUGUCAACAAGUUAACGGCCGUUCUUUCUACGAUCAUCGGUCGUCGUCGCCUCCAAGUCGGUCUCACAGUGCUCUUCCUCGGAGCAAAGAGCCUCUCCGCUUUGGAGUUAGGGAAUUUCAUGCAUCUACGUCACAACAAGCGAUGAAAGAUCCCUACAAAGUCCUCGGAGUCGACAAGAACGCUUCCGCAGCCGAUAUCAAAAGAGCGUAUUAUGGAAUGGCUAAGAAAUUCCACCCCGAUACGAACAAGGAACCAGGCGCCAAGGAUAAAUUCGCGGAAGCACAGUCCGCCUACGAAUUACUAUCCGACGCGAAGAAGAAGGAAACCUACGACCGUUACGGCUCAGGAGCAUUUGAUCAGAAUGGAGGUUUCGAUCCGAAUGCUGGCGGAAAUCCAUUUGCCGGUGCUGGAGGGUUCCAUGGUUUUGGCGGAGCUGGCUUUGGCGGCGGUGGUUUUGGAGGUGGAUUUUCAGGGGAUAUUAAUUUCGAAGACCUUUUCGGUGCGUUUACUGGAGGUGCGGGACGUGCGGGACGACGACGAGCAUCACCGCACGAGUCUAUACUAGUGGGAGAGGAUAUCGAAGUCCAGACAAACAUAUCCUUUAUGGAAGCUGCCAAGGGAACCGGCAAAGACAUUUUUAUUACGCCGCUUGUCGAAUGUAAGACUUGCGCGGGAAGCGGUCUCAAGAAAGGCGCCAAACGAUCUCAAUGCAAGUCAUGCAAUGGUUCCGGUACUCGGGUUCAUUUCAUGCAAGGCGGAUUUCAAUUGGCUAGCACUUGCGAUGUUUGCAAUGGGUCUGGAAUGGUUACUCCUCGUGGCUCAGACUGUGGUACUUGCGGUGGUCAAGGUGUAGUUAGGGAUCGACGGACUGUUCAUGUGGAUAUCCCGGGAGGAGUGGAAGAUGGUAUGAGAAUCCGAGUUGCCGCCGAAGGUGACUCUCCUCCAACAGGUGCGGCGAAUGCCGGCACACGAACACAGCGCGGUGAUCUUUACGUUUCGAUCCGGGUCGCGCCAGACCAUCGCUUUAGCCGGUCCGGCUCUGAUAUUCUCUAUACUGCAUCACUACCAUUGACUACUGCGCUGCUGGGUGGAGAAGUGACGGUGCCGACACUUGACGGUGAAGUCAAGAUCAAAGUCGCCACUGGUACGGGUACUGGUGAUCGCAUCACUCUUCCUGGGAAGGGUAUGCGCAAGCUUGGUGGUCGAAGCCGCGGCUUCACCUCGACUGGUGACCUCCGUGUGGAGUUUAAGGUUCAGAUGCCAAAGUACCUCAAUGAAAAUCAACGAACAAUCCUUGAGGUAUUGGCAGAUGAGAUGGGCGAUAAGACGGCUAAGCGUAUCAUGAAUGUUGGAAAAGACAGUGACAACCCUCCCAGUUCUGGCAACGGUGGAUCGACGACAGAUUCGCACAAGAACGAGGGCUUCCUCAAAUCCGCAUGGCACCGUCUCACCAACCAACACAAGUCUCCCGAGUCCAAGACUACUGACACUCCGAAGAACGACUCGCCAAAGAAGAACGACGACCACCACGACGAGCCCAAGAAAGCUUCCGAAUCCAGCUAA